AAGAGCUUCAUCAUCACUCCCCAACAAAAUUAACCGCGCAGAGAAGGGCCAAAGGCUUCUCAGUUCGCGGGGAGAGAGAGAGAGAACAGGAAGAGUUUCGCGCGCCAUGGGAGAAUCAGCGCAGGACGAGGAUUUGCUGCUCAAGAGCUUCUUCGCCGAGGUCAACGAAGUCGAGCGGGACAACGAGGUCACCAGAAUCCUUUCCUGCUUUAAGCUGAAUCCAUUUGAGUAUCUCAACCUGCCAUUUGAUGCUUCUCCGGAGGAUGUGAAAAAGCAGUACCGUAAGUUAUCUUUGCUGGUUCACCCUGACAAAUGCAAGCAUCCACAAGCAAAGGAGGCAUUUGGAGCAUUGGCGAAAGCCCAGCAACUAUUACUUGAUCAGCAGGAGCGAGAUUAUAUUCUUACCCAAGUUAAUGCAGCUAAAGGUUUGGGCCAUGAGGAACUUAGAGCAAAAAGAAAGAAACAGCUGAAGAAGGAUACAGCUUCGAAAAUCAAGUCAUUGGUGGAUGAGGGAAAAUAUGAGCAAAACUAUGAACGAUCAGAGGAGUUUCGAAGGGAACUCAUAUUAAAAGUUCGAGAAAUAUUAACAGAGCAAGAAUGGAGGCGCAGGAAAAUGCAAAUGAGGAUAUCUGAAGAGGAGGGUAGACUGAAGAAGGAUGAAGAGGAAUCAAAGGAAAUGUGGAAAAGAAAGCGUGAGCACGAGGAACAAUGGGAAGGAACAAGAGAACAGCGGGUUUCGAGCUGGAGAGAUUUCAUGAAAUCCGGAAAGAAGGUCAAGAAAGGAGAAACGCGCCCUCCGAAGCUCAAGACGGAAGACCCCAAUAAAUCUUAUGUCCAAAGACCCGUGAAAAGAGGCUGACUCGAUGAGAGACUGAGUUUAUCAAUUGGUGUGGGCCUGUAGAAGUCCAUAAUGAUGUAUGAAUCGACGUGAUAUUUAUGUAGAAAUUCCUAUACUACUGAAUGGCAAAGGAGAUUAUCUGAUUUGAUGCCUUACCUCUGUAAUGUAAACCACACUGUAGUUCUUAAGGAAAACGAAUUAGGUUCUUACUGUUAA